AAAGAAUCAGUUUGAAAAGAUGAGACUGAUUUCUCGCAACUAUUUUUCUAUUGUCAGUUCUCAAAUAGCAAUAGGUCAAGCUCACCGUGUUAUUGCUUCAUCUAGUAUGCCGAAAACAAGGGCGAAAACCCAAGCUACGAAAAGGAAAGCCUCCCAAGAAUCAGAUCCUCCGCCGAAGCGAGGAAAGAAAUCCGAAGAAAAAGAUGACGACGCUGUAGCACUUGCAAAGGACAAGAAUCCACAAAGCAGCGCUGCAGUGUCCGCAGUAGCAAGUGGCAGCAAUGGCGAGCAGUGCUGGCUUUUCAAAUCUGAGCCGGAAAGCAGAGUGGAGAAUGGUGUGGACGUGAAGUUUGGCAUAGACGAUUUAGCCGAAGAAGCAGAUCAGACGGCUUGCUGGGAUGGAGUUCGUAACUACCAAGCCAGGAAUUUCAUGCGUGAUCGCAUGAGAGUGGGAGAGCUGGGGUUCUUCUAUCACAGUAACUGCAAGGUGCCUGGAAUAGCAGGUAUAGUGCGAGUUGUGAAGGAGGGCUAUACAGACCAUACACAGUUCGAUCGCAAGGACAUUCACUACGAUCCCAAGAGCAAGAAAGACGCACCGAAAUGGUUCAUGGUUGACGUGCAGCUGGUGCGCAAGCUGAAGCGGUUCGUGCCGCUCAGCGAGCUGAAGGCAACCUUUCAGAAGCAUUCUUCAUCCGGUGGUCCCCUUUGCAAGCUCGCACUCUUCUGCAGUGCCCGGCUUAGCGUACAGCCAGUGACGAAAGCCGAGUUUGAUUACAUUGUCCAAUUGAGUGACACUGACGCUGAACAGGAUGAAUAGUGCCUACAAUAAGGUGAUCGCUUGUAAGCUACUUGUACAGUCAUGCAAGUGAUCAGACAAGAUGUGUUCCUGUCUCCAUAUCAACGCCAAUCAGGAUACACAGCAUCCCGGACUCUGCCCUCUGACUAUGAUGUUGAUACAUCACACACCUACACUCACAUACACUGUAACACACACAUGCACACAUUUACGAUGUGGGUGAUGCUGUCCUGACUGCAACCAUGACCAUGGUGAUAGUCACAUGACAAGCAUAGUGUUCAUUGCAGCAACAAAGUCCUCUAGUGCAUGCCCUGUGCCAGCUCGCCUAUCAGCUGACAACCUGUUUUGGCAUGCGUGUUUGCAGGUCCUGCGUGGGCGGAUUGCAAAACCUCGAUGAAGCAUCAGUGGUUUUGUGCUCCAACUAGGGUGUUGCAUACCACAUGCACAUACCUCUGUGCCUAUGGUUUGGUGUGUUCUGUCAAACGUCGGUGUGCUGAUGCCGCUCAUGGUGAACUGCCCAUGAUGAAUGUUUUGAGUAUCGUCGAUACAUGUAUUCCCUGCGCCUAUAACCGUACCAUCUAUGCAGCGUAUUCAGUGUGUGAUGUAGGUGAGGUCGUCCAACUGGCCAAGUCUGCAAGGACCACACUUCUGAGUGUGUUGAAUGGAACUGCAUUGCGCAACGUCCCAACUUGCAUUGUAGUGUAGCGUAUGCCUCUGCUGGCGUUCUGCUAUGUCUGUGUGUCUUUACUCGUUAGUAGAACUGCAUGGACUGGUGCACAUGUCCAUGUAUAUCUGCACACUUACUUGUGUUUCGCGUGGUCUCCACCGAAUAAUACCGGUGUAUUCUUGGCCAAACCGCUUCACUGCUCCUAGCUGUACUUGUGCAGGAUUCACACUAUCCUCCUGUGUAUCUUGGUGACAUGGUGUAUUCUGUGUUCAGUGUUUUCAGUGUUGUGUGCUGCAGCCAGUGACAUGUAUUUGGCGAGUUGCUGAUUUAGACUGUAGGGUUUGCUCUUUGCUUCCGUACUGGCGGUCUCUGUUCUUGAAGCGACUACAUGUCCUCUCAUUCGUAUUCUUUUUAUCUGUUUUAUAUUAGGUGCUCCAGA